ACCGAAUUGAUAUUCUCACUGUUGGUUACGCUACCUGUGGCUUUUUUGAGCUGGUCGAGUGGGUCCCAGCAGAUUGAGCAGAAUCCAAUUUGUCGACAAGGAUUUUUCAAGAAAAACACCGCAACUGAAGUAAACGUGAAUAUCACCAAGCAAGUUUCCGUCGGUUCUGUUUUGGAAUGCGCGCAGCUGUGUCUCGCUCAACAAAAAUCUUGCGAAGUCUUCAAGCAUAGGAAUGAUCAUAAUCAUGACGAUGCCAUCAACUGUCAAGUAACACAAGGCAAACCGGAGUAUUUUUCGAUAUCUGAGAAGAAUAGCGCUAAUGAAAAGUGGAAGUUGUACACGUUGCAGAUUGUUGAAUCGCCAAAAUGUAUCAAGGACAAUCUAUGCCAUGGCCAUGGGCUAUGCUUGGCAAACAGUUGUGAGCCUGAAGGAUUCAAGUGCGACUGUGAUGAGAAAUACUAUGGAAAAUAUUGCCAGCAUGAAAAAUACCAUAACUACGACAUAGACUUUCCUAACUCUACUGAGAGCAAUUUCCUUUUCCUGGGGACAGUAAACGAGGAUUUCGACGAGUUCACAUUUAGUGCAUGGAUUAAAUUUAAUCCAGGAUUUACGGUAUACCCUUUGAUGUCGUACAGUUCCAAAACCUCGACCGAAACGAUCACACUCGCGUUCUACGCAGACGAUCCAAGCGGAGCGUCAAUCAAAUCAUUUUCUGGAAAUCUGUUUGGUCAUUAUAAAGGAACUGCCACCAUACCCAUAAAUGACGGUUAUUGGCAUCACGUGGGAUUCACCUGGUCGGGUGUUACAGGACAAUGGAUGCUGCUGAUCGAUGGUGUUCUUUGGGCGCACAGAAAUACUUUGAAAGGAAGAAAAAUCCAAUCUGGUGGGAUUCUGAACAUUGGAAAAAUUACACACAAAGAAGUAAACUGCACUUUGGUUGGAAGUAUAAGCCGGGUAAAUUUAUGGAGUCAGGCAAAAAACGGUAGUGAGAUCGAGUUGAUUGCUAAAAGUCCUGGGUCUAGAGAAGGUGAUUUGAUCGCUUGGUUUACAGCUAAAGACAAUAUAGUAUCACGUCAAAGAAUCAUCCGUCCAUCAAAUGCAUCUUUCUCAGGUGAUGGGUUAAAUUACGAAAUGACACUACCACUGUCAAACGAAGUAAACUAUCCGGGACCGUCCAAACCCAUGAAAUUUCUAUCAACCUGUUUGUGGGUUAAAAAUGGUGGAAAUGCGCAGUUUUUUGCCUACAGUGCGAGUAAUACAUUCAGUCUUCGCUAUACUUCGCUGAAGGAAUUGGCCUUCACUCUUAAUAGCUUAUCUGAAGGAACAGCUGUGACCUGUGACGGUUGGCAUUUUCUGUGCAUGAAAUGGAAUGGUGAGAAAGGUAAGGCGAGUUUAUACUAUGACGGGUACCAAAGUGGUAAUAGUUUCGAGGACGCAAAACUCGUGACAGAACUACCUGCGGGAAGGAAUUUUAUCUUCGGUUCCAGUGGCGAUAGUGCAACUCUUACACAACUCAAUAUCUGGUGGAUUGACAGUUUAUAUACACGUGCGUAG